AGCGUCUGCUUUCCAAGACGGAAAUUUCCUAACGUGUUUUGUUGUAUAUUAUAAAUAAUUAUGUAUUAAAAAUAUAAGUUUGAUAAUAUGGCUGGUUAUAAUUUGAAAAAUAAAGAAGAAGUCAAGGAGUAUCUCAAAAAACUUCACAUAGAAUAUAAUUUUGGUUGUUAUAGUGAAAAAAAUCCAGAAGUGUGUCAUUUGCUUGGUGAUUAUAAUGAGGCAAUAUUUAAGAACUACAAAAAGAGUGCUGAACUUUUCAAAAAAAAUUGUGAUACUUUUAAUUUUGCUAGAAGUUGCAACAAAUACGCACGCUACAAUACAACCGGUGUAGGAGUAGAUGGAAAAGAUUUAAAAACCGCUUAUCAAUAUAUGAAAAAGGGUUGUGAAUUAGGUGAUGGAGAAUCGUGUUUAUACACAGGUUUAAUGAUCAUGUCAUCGGACGAUAUUGGAGUUGAGAAAAGUGAAGUUUUUCAAGAAGGACUUGAUAAUAUGAAAAAGGCAUGUCACGAGAUGAAAGAAUAUAGAGCAUGUUCAGAAUUAGGCAAAUUUUAUAUCAAUGGAGUAGAAAAUUUAAUUAAAAAAGACGAAAAAUAUGCAAGUAAAUUAUUUGUAAUAGGUUGUGAGAAAGGUGAUUCGUCAGCUUGUUUCACAUUAGCACAAAUGUACAAUCGUGGAAUUGGCGUUGUAAAGAGUGAAAAAAUGGCGCACAAAUUUAGAAGAAAAGCAUCUGAAAUUGAACAAGAAAAGAAGAAAAAUGUUGGAUUGCAAUUCCAUCAAGGAAUCAAUUAAUGGCACAACGGUUAAGAAGAAAAUUGUACAGAAAUUGAAAACGAUGUAUAGAAAUGCAAGCACGUUGGUAUUUAAUUUCGAAAAGAAAUAAAUUUUUUCGAAAAAUUUCCAAGAUUAAAUGAUCAAAGUGCAUUGCUAGAGAUCAACAGAUAGAUCGGUUCCUAUCGAACUUGGAAGUUGAAUUUUUUAAAUAGUAAAUAUUGAAUAUCGUUCGAGAUAAGGAGAACCAAAAGAAACAUGUAAAUAGUAGAAAUUCUUCAAUAUUUUGAAUCGUCAGUAAGUUAUACAAAAAACAAAUUAUAGAAACUUUCAUUGGUACUUUUUAUAUAAUGUUAUUAACAAUUAUUAUAUUGUUCUUUAUUGACAAUAAAUUAGCUGAGCUUUAAAA